ACGUCGUUGUGCUGCAUCUGCCCAAAGCUGUGUUUGAUGCCGUUGUGGAGUGAGCGAUAAGUGGUGUGUUGAUCAUUCUGUGUGUUUGUGUUGAUCAUUGGACUGGUUUGUGUUUGUUUACUUUUGGAUUGUUUAGCGACUCUAGAAAAGAUCGGCUUGCAUCUUGGAUUUUUUUGCCGAUUUGUGUUCUAUAAUUGAGAAAGUAUCUUUGGAAUGGUUCCUCAUUUUCGGAUCUAUCCAAUAAUAGAUGGUGAUUAAACAAGCGACUAAGAUCGCAGCCGGUGUGUGAGAAGACCGAUCGCCCGAUAGAGGUGCUGGCCUUGGCCGACAGUGACUUGAUCUUCGCGCCGAUUAAAUCUAUCUUAUUUACCGAUCAGGGAACAAUGGUUAAAUAUCGCCAGACCACGUGACUAGGCCAUCAUUUUGGAUGGUCACCGUCAAAUAGUGAGUUUGGUGACCACAGCAACGAAGAAGGCUCCAUGGAUGUAUCGGGGGACCAGGGACAGGGGCACCGGUGGCCCUACGAUGGCCCCCGCAUGGGCGCCGCUGGUAUCGACGGAUCUGGAAAUCUCCUAGCGCCCGAUGACGUCGACGUCUUCUUUCACUCUCUCGACAGUAACGGCAAUCCCGUGAACCCAGCCAGCUAUUACGCAAGUCCCGCUGCGGCCCGCGCAGUUCACAGUUACAGGCCACCACAUGCCCGAAUGCCUAGCAGUCAAAUGUGCAGGCCGCACUUCCAUUCUCCUCUUCAUCCGUGGAUCUCAGAAGGAGGCAAGCCCAUGGUGCCACAUCCAGCACAUGGAUCAGCCUGGUGCUCGCCUUUUUCCGGCAAACCACCUCACCACCCGAGCGGGUCUUCGGGAGGUCCUCUCGGAGUCCACGCUCCACCCCACUCUGGUUCCUUACCUCCACAUUCUAGUCCUCAUCUCUUCAGCUUUCCACCUACACCCCCCAAAGACGCGACGCCGGACACUGUGACAACACACCCCACUAACGGUGGGGUUAGUAGUGGCGAUUAUGGCGGUUCAGCGUCAGGACUUGUAGUGUCCAGCAGUGGAGAGGACAUAAAGGGUCACCACACGCCCAACAUGAUCACUUCCCUGGGUUCGGCCCUCAGCAACUGCGGUUCUUCCAGCAGCGGUGGCAAGCCCAGAGAAGGUAGUACAGCUUUUUCUUCAACUCUUAAUCCCGUACAUCACCACCAGCCUUCCCAUCACCAUCACCACCAUCAUAUGCCCACCUAUUCCCCUUACGUUGCUGGUCCACCCCCAUCGGGUGGAUCUGCGGACUAUUCCGGAACGGCUUAUCCGUUCCAUAGCUCAUUUCUGGGCUCUUCUACGGGAAAGACAUCUUCUAUGCAAAGUUCCAGCAGCUCCUCCAGUGGUAAACCAAGGAGUAAAGGGCGAUCGAGUGCCGAUGACAAGAAUCUUUGGUCCGGCUAUAGCAGAACUUUGACUAACAACGGGAUUGUAUUGUGGAGUUCUGAUACCGACACUCACUACUCUAACCCCUGUGAGGGUCGGGAGUGCGUGAACUGCGGGGCCACCUCGACGCCGUUGUGGCGCAGGGAUGGCACGGGACACUACCUUUGCAAUGCCUGCGGACUCUACCACAAAAUGAACGGUCAGAACAGACCGCUCAUAAAACCCAAGAGGCGACUAUCCGCGGCGAGGAGAGCGGGUACGAGCUGCGCGAAUUGUAAAACGACCACUACCACGCUCUGGAGACGGAACCAAAACGGAGAACCAGUCUGUAACGCCUGUGGACUCUACUACAAACUACACAACGUAAACCGACCUCUCACCAUGAAGAAGGAAGGUAUACAGACGCGGAAUCGAAAACUAUCGUCAAAAAGUAAAAAGAAAAAAGGUUGUCUCGCCAUCCCCGAGUGUUUGAAGCCUCUAGACAAGCCUUUCUCAAGCUUCGGUCCCACAGGCCAGCUCGGUUCCAUGUCCUCCAUGUCAAUGACCAUGAACCAUUACAUGCAUCAGGGUAAUAUGCCCAUAUCGAUGCCAGGGUCUUUCGUCACAUCAUCUCCGAUGCAUAUGAACACUGCUCCUGGACUGUCCAGUCUCUCACUGUCCUCCAAUGGAGGACCUCUACCCCUAGGAACGGGUGGAUUGGGACUGGCCACUUCUAACAGCAUGGUCGGUGCUAUGGCUUGACAUAGGGCUCCACCGCAACCAGGGCUCGGUUGCUGGGACAUGGGCCAUCAUCAUCAUCAUGAUAAGAGUCCCUCAGUGGCACUAGCUUCUUGCGCACAGCUAUGGGCACAAUUCCCGAAUUCUCUGUCCAGUGCGGAAGGGUCACCACCACUGUGCUCUGGACUAACGGAUUACAAAGACUGAAUUUUGUGAUUUCCGGUAACCUUCUUUAAUGAAAAACUUUCCCCACAAUGUCGUGAUCACGGAUUAAAAGAAAUGCAUUUAAAGUGUGAUUCGUUUUCUGUCCUUUUGCUUAGUCGGAUGCAGGUUCGUCGCUGUGGGAAUAAUAAAGGAAUGCCUGUUCUAUUCUUUUACUGAAAAAAAAAACUUUCAUUCUUAAAACCACGCACAUGUGCAAUGUUAAACUUGAACCUCUUCAGAUUAUGAUGAGCUAUUUCUUUUGAUUCGUGAUCAGCCACCACGGUGAUCAGCCAAAGAGGUGAUGAACUGUCUCACAGUACCAUAUAUGGUCAAGUGUGAACUAUAAAUCUUGCAUCAAUGUUGGUGUGAGCAUCACUUGGAGCAACGACUGAAUUUAUCAAGGAUUCUUUUGUGUUAACAGGGCGCUAUGCGUCCUGUUAACCUAAGUUUGGUUGUAAAAUAUAUAAAAUAAACUUCUUGCUGAAAAUGACUAUUAUCUGUACACAUGAAAGACUAGUCCAAAUUUUGUUGGACUAGCGAACUAUUUUAAAUCCAAGCAAAUCAAUAUCUUCAAAAUUCUUUGUCAUCUAUUUUACAAGUCGUGAUUUUUCAAGGAUCAAAACUGCAGAAUUCAUUUCUUUUGGCAAAUAUCUCAGGUCAGGAUUAAGAGAAAAAUAAACACAGAACCUAACUCGCGAUAUGCAACUUUUUAAAUUUUUAGAUCUUCCUAUUUUUGUUUUCAUCCAUCAAAGAUUGUAGCGUACCUCUCAUACUUCAUUGUGUUAAAUUAAAAAACUCCUUCAUGUGUCUGAUAUACUUGUAAAUUUAUUGAUUCGGGGAUAAUAUUUUUUCAAUACACUCUCCGAUGCAUUAGUAUUUAUUCUGAUAUUUUUUAACAAGCAUUGCAGAUGUUUUUAUUGUACAAAAAUGAAACUUUUUCAUGAAUUCGAAUAUUAAAAACUACUAAGUUAUUUAAAAUAGCUGAAAUAAAUAAAUUUGUAAACAAGAAAGAUAAGUAAGAGCACAAAAAUGUAAUCUAUAAAAUCUUUUUUUGUUCUCUCGAAUGCUGUUUUACUCAUCCAAGAUAGUUUUACGGCUUUAAUGUUCAUUCACAUAUCAGUAAAAUUAACAAAUUUAAGUGCAAUAUUUUCACAGCCUUCUUUUUCAAAUGUAAUUUUAUUGAAAAAUUUGAUAGUACUUACAAUUUGAUUUUUAAAUGAGACAUAAAAGGCCAAAAAUUUGUAUCAUAAAAAGUUAACCAAAAAUAUCAUGGUCAUUAAUUAGGGUGAAUUAAACAAAUUAAGGUGUGAUUAGAGGAAUGAAAAUUUAUUAAUUAAAUAUUCAUUAAGAAAGAAAUGAAUGGUAUUUUAAAAAAUUAUUAAUGUUAUUAAAAUUACUUAGCAAUAAAUUUAUUCAAAAUACUUUAAAUUAAUUCUUGAACUGAAGAAUACAAUGAAUAUUAAAAUUUAAAACUAUUUCUUUUUAUUAAUUUCAUAAUGAGGAUGAUUAGACAUAUAAUACACAUGUUCGAAAUUGGUGAAUAAUCUUUAGUUUAGAAAUUCUGUAUAAAAAGAAAAAACUUUUUAAUAAUAAACAAAACAUAUGUAAUAAUAUUCAUUUCUUAUUAAAAAUGACAACAAAAAUGUAUUUUAAAUUAAUGAACGCUAGAUGUAAGAAAUGCAAAUUUAUUUAUUACUGUACGCAAGAAAUUUGUAUAUUUUUAUGUAAUGUACUGAUUACCCAAGACUGAUUACAUUCAGAUACGAAUUACUACUUUGUAAACAAGAAAAGUAAUUAGGAAAUAUUUGAAAUUUUAUUUGAAUGAUUCUUUUUACAACAGAUUUAAAAUGUGUAAAUAUAUAAAAAUAUGUUUCUGUACAAAGAUUAUUUUGCAUUUUUAUAAGCUAUUUCAUUGUAUUUUUGAUUUAUACCCAGUAAUUAAACAAAUUGCAGAAGUUUAUUUUUUUUUAAAUUUUGUUUUCAUCAUUAGCAAAUAAAACAAUAUUAUUUCAUUAACGUAGAUGUGAACAUUAAAAUUGAAAACAAAAAUAUUAUUUCAAAAAAAAUUUGUAAUUUUUUUCUCAAAUUUUAGUUAAGAAAUUUUAAAUAAUAAUUAUUUACUUCAUUAAAUAUUUAUUUAAUUUCCUCCUUUUCUUUAUUUGCAAUUCCUAAAUUUCUUUCUUUCAGUUCAUGACUAAAAGAUUAGCAGUUGUUCAUAAGUGUAUUUAUGAACUACUGCUAAUUUUAAUAUUUAUUUUUAAGUUUCAUUUAAAACCUAGGUAUUUACUUUUUCAGUAUUCUAAUAUAUAUUUUUCAUAUUGCACACAUAUAUUUGUGAAAUUUUUCAAAAUAAUAAAAAUUUUAUUGUGUAAAAAUAGUUAUAAGGCUACUGGGUAUAAAUGAUUAGUACAAUUCCUGAGAAUAAUAAAUAAAUAAAGAGUUAUUAUUUCGAAAACUACUGUGGGGGUGUGCUACUAUCUCGAACAGGACUGUACAUUAUUUCACUGUAGCUGGUAUGAGUGUAAUUUUUCAUAACUUGUACUGUGCAUUAUAAUAUAUAUAAAGAUAUAUAGAGAAAAGUUCCUUCUUAAUUGAAACAUAAUACUGUAUAUAAAUCAUUUCAUCUUGCACCAAUAAAAACAAAAGGAAGAUGG